UUUUUUGUCAUAUUGUCAUGACAUUGCAUGAUUUCAACUGGUAAUAGAGUCAUUAUUGUGCGAAAUUCAAAUUAUAUGUGUGGCGAUUGAUAUGCCAAAGUUGACAUUCUUCAUUUGUGUCAGAUUCUCAAUGGAUUGUGACUUGAUUUAAUUGUUUAUCAAGAAAGAACCACGAUGGCUGACGUUAAGCCCAAGCGCUCACCCCUCCUGAGUCAAUUGCGACAGUUAUUGAGCUUAACAAAAAAGGGAGCUACACCAAUAAAAUGGCCAAUCGUCAUAUCUGUUACUCUUGCGUUGUUCGGCACUGCUCUUAUUCUGAUGUUCCCAUUUGCUUUUCUGCCUUUCAUGGUGCUGCAUUUUGGCUAUCUGGAAGAAGAUAAGGGCUACUAUGUUGGGAUCAUUGCGUCUAGUUAUUUCUUUGGUAGGAUCGUGGGAAGUUUCUUCUGGGGUUGGUUGUCCGAUAAGAAGGGGCGUCGUCCAGUGAUCUUGAUCAACAUAGCAUUGAACAUUGUUUUUUGUCCAGCUUUUGGUUUUAGUUCAACUCUUUGGUUGGCAUGUUUAUUUCGCUUCCUGAUUGGAACCAUGACAGGUGUUGUGACUUGCACCAAGACAGUUCUGUAUGAGAUCAGUGAUAAUACUAAUCAAGCCUUUUCCAUGUCCUGUAUUGGAGUCGCAUGGGGUAUGGGUAUCAUCCUUGGCCCUGCUCUUGGAGGUUUUCUCUCUUCUCCUGCCACUAAAUACCCCGCCAUCUUCCCCCCUGAAGGUUUCUUUGGCCAGUUCCCAUUCCUCCUGCCUUGUUUAGUUGUGAGCUUCUUGAAUAUAUUCUGCUUCAUCUUGGUCCUCAUCAGACUACCAGAAACCUUGCAUAAGAAAAAAGAUCUUUCAAAGACUGAAAAAAAGGACAUUUCACUUUUGGAGCAGGAGCCUGUUAAUGAUGCUGACCUGACUCGUAUCUCCACAGAGAUGCUGAAGGGGGAACAAGAAAAUGCCAUGCAAAGUUUGGAUGACAUCGCCAUGCUAUUCUCUGCCCAAGAUAUUGAAGACACAAGCCUUUAUAAGAUGAAAUCACAGGCGUACAUGAGUUACUUGUCUCAUCGCCAUUUAAACUGUGCUGAAUUGUCGUCUCAUUCUAAAGAGGAUGUGGGCCUUAAUCCUGCGCUUAGACACCAAGGGCCAAUGAAGCGUAGGAUGUCACUCAGUGCGCCAAAUUUGGCGAUUCGGCCACGACAAGAAGAAUCACCACCUAAGGAGGUAGAGGGUCUUUUGCAGGCAGACAAAAAAGCUGACAGUGCCAAAGUUGAUAUUGGUCGUGAUGAUGAUGAUGAUGUUAGUGGAAAGAUCUGUUGCUGUAGGCGGUCAAAGGCAGCCACAAAUUUCAUUCUGUGUCGUCUGCUAAGGAUGUCAGAUGUUCGUCACUGCCUGUUUGCAUAUAGUAUAUUCUCCUUUUGUGUCAUUGGAUAUGAAGAAGUCCUUGGCAUUUGGGCCUCAACGGAGAUUAGAUUUGAUGGCUUGGAGUUCAGCACGAAUCAACUUGGUUUGUUAGGCAUGAUGGUGUCUGUGCCAGUGCUCUUUAUACAACUUUUCAUCUUUUCAAAGCUUGAGGCUAGAUUUGGGAUUAAAAAGGGCAUGAUGGUGUAUGUGCCAGUGCUCUUUAUACAACUUUUCAUCUUUUCAAAGCUUGAGGCUAGAUUUGGGAUUAAAAAGUUGGUGCUAGGUUUUUCUUUCAUGCUGGUCAUCACGUCAACAAUGCUUCCUACUCUGCAUCUCAUUUAUGACAAACAUGCGCUAUUGUGGAGUUGCCUGUUCUUCAUUCUGGCUCCGACCAGGGUGGGUGUCAUGUGUGUGUUCACUGGUAUUGGUAUGUUCAUUAACAACUCGGUGACCCCAGCCAUGGCAGGGUCAGUCAAUGGUCUCGGGUUAACUGUUUCAGCUGUUACAAGGACGCUUGCCCCGAUAGUUGGUGGGAGCAUUUAUGCCUGGUCCAUCACUGCACGACUGCGGUAUCCCUUUGACGUCAACUGCGUGUUUGUUUUGUUUGGCCUUUGUUACGCGGUGACUCACAUCAUUGUACUCUUCUUGCCAGAAAGGCUCGACAAACAGCAUAAACGUCACACCAUUGUGGAGGAAGUUCGAUCAAUGCCAUCAUUGCACUCGGAGGAGGGGAAUCCCGACGGAAGUGUGCAGGAUAAAAACGACUGUAGAGAUUCGAAGCAGCGUAAGAACGGACUCGGAGACUCGAAGUAUCGAACUGCUUCAAGGGAGGAGAACGCCAAUGAGAAGGGUACAGAGUGGUGCUUGAAGGAGGGGGAGACUGUGGCUAUUGUUGAGAGAAAUGUGGGUGAAAAGGAUGGGAGGGAAAAAUCGACUGCUUUUUAGGCCCAAGUGGUGCAAGAUACAAAUACCCGGUACAUGUAUGUCUGUAAUGCCAUAAUAUUGAGUCUGUAAAACCUAAAUUGUUGACAUUAAUUAGGUCUUAAAGUCUUAAAUGAUUUCAUGACAAAGCUUGCUGCUAAUUUGAAAGUUAAUUCACCAUUGUUGCUGUAUUUCUACUGUUUUGAUACUUGUGCGUUUCCUUACAUCGAUCGUAGUGAAGAAUCUCAAUUUCUCUAAGUGUGUUAUGAACCGUUUUAUUGCUUGGGAUCUCUCAUGGGUGAAUGAGGCUGGUGAAAUUGAUCUGUAAAACAACUCCUUUUCUCGAUAUAACCCAUAAGACAUGAGUGAAAAUGUUAAGAUGAAUCUCAUACUCCAUCUUGUGUCACAAUUUUAGCACCUUUAUUUUGGACUUUUAUUACUUUUGUUUUUGUUUAUUUGUUCAAUGAAUCGAAUUAUGGUGGUGUUGCUGUAUCCUUUGAGAAUGUACAUAUGUUUGUAUCAAUUUGUCAAUAGCAUUCCGCGACGUUAUUAUUUAUAGCUCACAAGGUCAUUUGAAUAAGAUAUCGAUGACGUUUUAGUCACGUGACAGUCGGACAUCGACGAUUAUUUCUACGCAUUUGAGCUUAUUUCAAAGUCAAUUAUCUUUGACCCUGCAUUGUUUUUAGCAUGAAUGAUACCAUAGAGUCAGAGAGAGAAAUAUUCAGAACAAUUAUGUAGUAUUUCCAACACUCGGACAUGUGCCAGAUUGAAUCUAACUGCCCUAGUUAGAAAGCCUGAAUCCAUUACGAAACCGCAUGUUUGUCCGACAUUGCCUGUAAUUCAGCGAUGGGAAAAUAGAGGGCAGCAGCUGCAGUGACGUCAUCUUCGCGGAAUGCUAUUCAAUGUAUUUAGACCUCAAUGACAUAUUUCAUAUUCUAAAGACUCAUAAUGAGUCAUGUGGGUUUUUAUAACCAUGGUUAUGACCUCGCACGUUGACCAAUCAUUGUCACACACGUAUUGUAACGUUUUUGUGUUCAUCAAACAUUCCAUUAUCAUGUGAUAGGCAAGUUAAUUUGUUACGCAUUGUUAAUUAAAGGUAUGAUUACAGGGUAGUUGUGUAGAGGGUGUUACUGAUAUAUAUUUUAAAGUGUCCACAAGUAAUGGUUGAAUGUUAUGCCUUCCUGGCUAUACUUAUUAUCUGGCCUUCAGGUUCUUCAUGAUCAUGCUCAAGACGUUGCCGCCUUGGCAGUUUUCAUACAAUUUUUCAGUCUGACGUGCAAUUAUUAGGCAUCAUUGAUUGUAUCACAUUGUAAGUAUCCAUUAGUAAAAAAGAUUCAAUCUAUCAGCGUUUGUGUGGUACCUGUAAAAUCUCGAGGCGUCAGCUUUAUAGAUAUUAAUGUAUUGCAUCACUUUGCCUUGAACUAUGACUGUACAAAUUGCCAUGUGACUCUCGAGAACUUAGCUUCUCUGUUUAGGGCCCUUGAAUAUUUGUGUGUGAUGAAUUUGAAAUAUUCUUGCAUUUGGAAUCCAUAUUGAUACUUUGGAUAUCAAUUUGUAGUUUUGGAGAGUUUUACGUACAGCAGUUCAAAAUGCUGGUAGAUAUUAAAUAUUUUUAG